CGCCCUCUUUCUCUCCUCCAACUUCCAUCCAGACUCUCCAGUAUUCUCGCGGGGCCUUUCUCCGCGAACCCGCGUUACUUCGCUUUUAUUCCAACCCGACUUCUGUCAGUAAACCCGAGGCGCCCCCACCAUCCAUUUCAUUUCCUUCCCCUGCAAGCAAUCCUCUCCGUCCAUUCCAUCUCAUCAACCCCCACCACCCCCUCAUUUUCCGCUCCAUGCUCUUCCGCUUGCUCACCCCUCCUCCCGGAACCCGCUUGGCCCUCAACCCAUGACUUCCCCUUCUACGCCUCCGCCGUCCGCCGCCGCCGUCGCUACGCCUGCCGAUACCUUGGACCAUAUCCUGCAUCACCUCCUCCCCGUCCUCCUUGUCGCCGCCCUUUCCGUCAAGUCCUUUGUCGGCCGGUGGCGGCUCUUCCACUCCAAACUCUCCAUCCUUCAAUCCUCCCUCGCCGACGCGGCCCGCUCCCCCCACUGGCCGGCGAAUCCCCUCUUUGUCGACCUCCUCCCGGCCGUCCUCUCCACCCUCCGCUCUCUCCACUCCCUCUCCACCCGCUGCCUUGAUCCCUCCCUCCCCGCCGGCAAGCUCCUCCUCCAGAGCGACCUCGACAUCGCUGCCUCCAUCCUCUCCCUCCACCUCCACGACCUCGACCUCCUCCUCCGCUCCGGCCUCCUCCACCAUCUUCCUAGCGCCAGCGCCAUCGUCCUUCCCCUGCCCGGCCCCUCCGCCACCCGCGCCGACCUCGUCCUCUUCGCCCGCGACCUCUUCGCUCGCCUUCAGAUCGGCUCCAUCGACCUCAAGAACAAGGCCCUGGACUCCCUCCUCCAGCUCCUUGCCUCCGACCCUCCCAAGCUCGCCCCGGUCGUCGCUACCGAGGGCGACCUUCCCUACCUCGUCCGCCUUCUCGACCCCUCCGCCCACUCCCUCAUCCGCGACCAGGCCGCUGCCGCUGUUUCCCUCCUCGCCACCGCCUCCGACGCCUCCCGCCGUGCCGUCUUCGAGGAUGGCGCCCUUGGCCCCCUCUUCCGCCUCCUCGACUCCGGUUCCCUCUCCGUCCGCGAGCGCGCCGCUGCCGCGAUCGAGGCCAUCACCGCCGAUCCCGCCAACGCCUGGGCCGUCUCCGCCUACGGCGGCGUCCCGAUCCUGAUCGCGGCAUGCCGAUCGGGAUCCAGAUCCCCCGCCGUCCAGGCCCUUGCCGCCGGUUCCCUUAAGAACAUCUCAUCUAUCGAUGACCUCCGGACCGCCAUGGCAGAGGAGGGCGCCGUCCUGGUCCUGAUCGACCUCCUCCUGUCCGGCACACUCGACGCCCAGAAGAACGCCGCCCUCUGCCUCUGGUCCCUUGCCUCCGGUGGCGGCGAGGAGAUCCGGGAUUCCAUCGUGCGGGAAGGGGGCCUGCAACGGCUUCUACAGCUGCUCCGCGAGGUAUCGGAUUCGGAAGCGGAGGAGCACGCCCUGAGAGCGAUCCACGCUCUCUCCGCCUCCCCCGCUGCCGCCAGAGCCCUCUCUUCGUCGCAGGGAUUCUUCGCCCACCUCACCGAUCUAAUCCGCCGCGGCAGCGCCGCCACCCAGGAGACAGCGGCGGCGGUGGUCUGCAACCUCUCCCCCGGCGACGACAUCAAGCGCUCCAUGGCCGGAUGCAUGGCGGCGCUCGUCAAGAUGCUGGAAUCCUCGAAGCCGACGAGCGCUCAGGAGGUGGCCGCCCGGGCGCUGGUGUCGUUGCUGGCCGUCCGGUCGAACCGGAAGGAACUAUCGAGGGACGAGAAGAGCGUGACCAGGCUGGUCCAGAUGCUGGACCCGCGGAACGACGAGGUUAGCAAGAAGUUCCCGGUGUCAGUGGUGCUCGCGCUCGCCUCCGGCGGCGGCCGACGGAGGAUCUCAGAGGCGGGCGCCUGUCAUCACCUCCAGAAGCUCGCCGACGCCGAGGUUGCUGGGGCGAAAAAGGCGUUGCAGAAGAUCGCCGGCAGCCGGCUAAAGAGCCUCCUCUCCAUGGCAUGGAGGGAGUCAACAGUGCUACGUCCACAGUAACUAACCCAACCCACUGUUAAGGCAUUGGUGGCGGGACGGCUAACUGUUGGAGAGGUGAAGUCAAAUGAUUAAAUUAAAUUAAUAGAGAAUGAAAAAAAUAUGAGUAUGAUAGCAGUGACAAGAAAGAAAAAGAAAGAGGCGUUAUCAUUGCAAAUAGAUUAUAAUUUGGUAUCGUCAGUUUCAGCGUCGAAAGAGAAGCCUGGAUGCGGAGUUUUAGGAAGUAUCCUUGUGCUAUUUAUUUUGUUUUUUUAUAAUUUUUUUUUAGGUUUGUUUGACUUGGUCCGUACUCGUUUUGGUUUUUAGUUUCAACUGUGUCGCCUUUGUGUAAAUGUGUUUGGCUAAGAUCUACACCCACAUGUUACGUGUUGAUGAAAAGCGGGAGCCAUGUGGGUUUUGUCUACUACUCCGUGUAUGGCCAGUGUUGCAGAUUUUGGCUGAAGACUUUGUUUGUAUUUACUUGGUUGUUUUUGUAACGAGCUAUCUUUCUCUUUUUUGCA